UCGGCCCCCUCUCUGCUCCUCGCUCCAUCUCCCCUCCACCCGUCCGUCCUAGCAUCCCGUCUCUGUCGGUACAUGCCUUAUCCGGAGGAGGAUGCUGAAGUUCCGUGUGGACAGGAGAGCCAGUCAACAUGACCCCAGUGGACCAGCUGGAGCAGCACUGAGCCCCCUCCAGCUGGAAGAGCCCACCUUACACUCCUAUCUGCAGCACUGUGAUUUGGAAAUGAAUGGGAAAGUGAAUCCUACUGCUGAGAAGAUCACUGACUCCAAAAGUGCCAAUAUGGUGUCAAACCUGUCCCCAGAAGGCCAGCCUUACACCAGGGCGUCUCGUACUCCCAGGAGUUCUCUUCGAACGGCAGCUACGUUUGGGAAGCGCUCAAACUCCAUGCGCAGAAAUCCCAAAGCAGAGGUCAGCAAACAGGGAUGGCUGUACAAGCAGGCCAGCAGUGGGGUGAAGCAGUGGAACAAGAGGUGGUUCGUCCUCACCGACAGAUGUCUCUUUUACUACAAAGAUGAAAACGAGGACACAGUGUUAGGGAGUUUGCCGCUGCUCAGUUUCCGAGUCGGAGGAGUGGAGCCUUCGGAUAACCUCACCCGCAGGUUUGCCUUUAAGGUGAGGUGUGAGAGGGAGGACGGUGAGGAAGGGGAGCUAAAGGAUCCAGUUGUGUUUUGCAUGCAGGCGGGGCACGCUGGGACCAGGACCUACUACUUCAGCGCAGACAGCCAUGAGGACCAGGAGCAGUGGAUCAGAGCCAUGAGCCAGGCUGCAGCGGUCCCCAGUGAGCCGUCACAGAGAAUAAACCCCACAGUGGAUCCAAACCACACUAUGGUGACCAAGGCACCAAACACACUAACACACAAUGAUACUGUCAGUGACCCCCCACCACACCCUAAGGCCAACGGGGUCAACAGUCUUCAGACACCCCCACCCUCCACCCCCUGCUCCGAUCAGGAGGGAAAGAAUAAUAACGGAAGACAAGGAGAAGGUGAGGAUGGAGGGGGGAGAACAGGUCCGGACCCCGCCUCUCAUCCAAGACCGCAUCCAAAUGGAUGGGGCAACAACGGCCCUCGGAACAGCAAACCCCCUCUAUCCAGGAGUCCCAGUGGACAUCAUGCACCCCAGGGCCACCCGGAGGGGGGGGGAUGCCCCCCGCAGGACAGCAGGGAGCAGCAGGAGAACGUUGUGCUGAGGAGGGGCUUCGUGCCCAGGACGGCUCCAGAGAGGGUGGCUCAGAGGAAGAGCUCCAUGGCCCAGCUGCAGCACUGGGUCAACCAGCGAAGAGGCAUGGCCUCCGAGGAGGACCUUAACAGCCCAUCUCAUUACUACGCAGUAAACCAGGGGCUUUUGGCGGACUACUAUGGCUACCCUGGUGGCCCCCAGUAUAUGGAGGAACGCCCUCUUUACCCGCCAGGGGUCCGACCAGACAGUAUCUGCUCUGUUUCUGCUAUGGGGGGAUACGACCCGCGCUGGACCGUGGAGGAGAAGCGGCACUCACUGAGGGAUGUACCCCAUCAGCUGUAUGGAGCCCCACUGCAGCGGGACCAAUGGGGGCCGGCCUACUUUGGUGGAAUGGAAAAAUCCAUGAGACGUCUGUCUGUACAGCCCCGCUCCAGGUCUGUCCCCAGGUCCCCGUCCUCGUCCUGUGGGGGGCCCUACUCCCCGGUGCCGCACAGCUUCGCCUCGCCUGGCCGCUCGCCCUCUGCUCGCUUCGACCGGCUCCCGGCCCGGCUGAGGGACGACGUGAUCUACGCUGACCCCUCGGUCUACAGCCUGCGGAGGUCUCUGAGCUCCCCAAAGUAUGACUACCCUGGUGAAAGGAGGUCCUUAAGCCAAGGAUUAUACCACUACAACUACCCUGUAUCCCCUUCCAUCCACAAUAAAAUGGAGGACAUGUUAGACCUUCAGCUCCAGCGUAACCUGGAUUACUUAGACCAGCAGGUGCUCCAGGGAAGCCAUCUAAUUGGCACGGUUACUCGAAUGGUGAAGCGCUCGUCCUCAGCAGCAAAGCUCUGUGUACAAGUGCCGCCUUUCCAUGAUGUCUACAGCAGAGAGUUAUAUCCUACACUGAAGCUCAACGAGAUUGAAACCAGCAAACUCUUGGGUAGGCUGUGUGAGCAGAACCGAAUUCUGAAAGACCACGAGGCUGUUGUUCACAGGCUGAGAAUGGACAAGGACAGCCUAGAGGAGGCGCUGGUUGGGACACGUCAAGAGAUGGAGCUGUAUCAUAACCAGCCUUUGGCCAUUGAAAAGCUGCACUACAGAAAGGACACUUUGCAGAACCAACUGAUCAACAUCAGAGGGGAACUCUCUCAGGCCUCCAGUGCUUUAACCACCACUCGUAUGGAGUUUGAAGCGUUAGAGGAUGAGGCCAAUGCCAUUCAUGGAGAUCUUUGGGAGCAGCUGAACGCAGGAGGGCAGAGCGAGCUGGUUCGUCGGCACAUCCAGAAAGAGUUUUGGAGAGUCCAGGAUGUGUUAGAGGGACUGCACAAGAAUAACUCAUCCAGAGGCACUGACACAGCCAAGCACAGAGUGGCCAGCGGUGCUUCAGGCUCCUUUAGCACCAAUAGUCCAGCCAGUCCCCUGAGCUCAGUAAGCAUCACCAGCCCACUCAGCCCCUUCUCCCCAGUGCCCGGCUCCCAGGCUUCCCCCACCAAACAGCUGGGCCCGGAGGAAAGUGUUCCCCCAAGGCCUCCCCUCCCUAAGUCCUAUUACCCUUUGGAACCCUCCCCCACCUUCCCCCCCUCCAUCCCCCCCCUGCCCUUUGACAGCACCGCCUGGCUGCGCAGCUUGGGCGUCGACGAUGGUUAUCUUGAUGGUGAAGACUGUCACAGCAGAAAGCUCAUCAGUGACAUGCAGGACCAGGACAGACAAUCCACUAUGAAUAAAGUUGGCAUUGUGCCUCCUAGAACAAAGUCCCCGACCGCAGAGUCCCACAGCCGCUCUGCUGCAGUGAGCUGGAGAGUUCCCAAUGGAAUAUCGAGGGAGCGUCCAAAGAGCGCUGUGUUUCCUGCAGAGCUCAAAUCCAAAAUGAGUGUGGAGGAGCAGAAUGAGCGAAUCCGACGAAACCAAAGCAGCUCUGUGAGGGACAAGAGGAGGAGUCUGAUCCUCUCCGGAGGCCAGUCUCCAGCCAACUACAAAGUGAUUCGAAGGCGGCUGACAGCUCAUGAGAUUGACAUUAAUGACCUGGAGUUGGCAGUGCGAGGUCAGGGUCUGGAGUCUCCUCGGGAGGAAAUCGCUCGCCUGAGGCAGGUGAAGGGGGAGGCCCAGCCGUACCACCUGGACAUCAGUAGGGAGCUUCUGACUCCUGACAAGGUUCUGAUCCCGGAGCGCUACCUGGAUGUGGAGGACAGCCCCCCGCUGAGCCCCGAGGAGCAGAGGGAGAAGCAGAAGAAACUUGUGCGGAUCAAGACCCUCAUCGCUAAAUCCAAUCUGCAGAACAUGGUGCCCCUGCUGGACGGGCCGGUGGAGGGGGGGGCGGGGAGCUCCCAGCAGCAGCUGCAGGAGCAGGAGAAGCGCAUCGAGAUCUCCUGCGCCCUGGCUGCCGAGGCGUCGCGCCGCAGCCGCCUCCUCUCCGCACAGUGCGCCCCCAGUCCCCCCACCUCCCCGACCAGCCUGGCCCACCCCCCUUCCUCUGCUGACGUCCCUAACUCCGCCCACACCAUGAAGGCGUGAGUACAAGCUCAAGCCCUGGUGGCUGUCAAGUUUGAUGGAGCAUCUUUCUGAGGACUGCACAAACACAACAAUGAAGAUGGCCCCCGGACAAAUGACUUUUUUCUGUCACCUAAACUGAGCUACCACAAAAGCAGGGAACGUUGUCUAAGGAGGAAAGAGAGCUAAUGCAAAGCUGAGAGGAAGCUAUGUGGAACUGUGGAAGGCUCCAGAUCUCUCGCCAGCCUUGAGGUGUAAAAUAUUGCUAAAUAAUUGUGCUCAGGACAUAUUUUACAAAGUAGAUAUUAAGGAUGACCAUGUUGGUAAUGAUAUAUUUUACACUCAUAAGGACAACAUGUCAGUACUACUGUUCAGUGUUGAUCAUUUUACAAGGGAAACUGCACAUGAGAGGCCCAAUGAGGAGGGACAAGGAAAGACCUGCAGAAAUAACCGAGUCCAGGUAGAGGCCAGCGACCAGGACUGAGGUGGACCAGUAGUAGAGGCUUUGAACCUGCUUCUGGACAAUAUUCAUUAUCUUCUAAUCUCCAUAUCAACCUGGGAGAAACACACCAGGGCUGGAGGCGCAGUGAGGAGUGGUACUAGUGACAGACUGAGGGCAUUCCCCUACACAAAAUAUACUGACAUUUUGAGAACUGAGCAAAAUAAGAGUGAAUCCUCCCUUCUCUUGUAAGAAGCUGAAAACUCACUGUGAUGCCUGUUUACCUAGACCUCCACCGACCCCCCCAACACACACACACAUCUAUAAACCUUCUCUGCUGUUAUAUAAGCGUAUGUGCAAACAUUAGCAUUACAUUAAACAAACAUUAUGGAAGCCCUUUACUCAUGUACUGGUAGAAGUGUUAGGUCCCUGAUAUAUUCCAAGAUGAAUAGUUCUGUAAGGCAUCAGGUGAAGCAGAUGUGGUGUAGUGGGCACGCUUGCAUUCUGUUCAGAUCAGGCCGGACACAUGCGGUUGAUCAAAUGUUUGUCACACAGAAAGCAUGAUGUAGGCUGAACCCUUUUCUUCCAUGAAAGAGUCCACUCUCUGCUCACUGCCAUCGCUGCAGUGCCAUUGAUCCAGGUAGGCUGUUUGUAGGUCACAUUACAUUUAGUUGUACUUUUGCCAAGGAGGAACAUCAAAGUAGUGUGCACAGCAAGGCUGGGAAACAAUCACCUUGCUCUGUGCCCUAUUUAUCUGCUCUUUAGUGUGGAAGCCAGUCAGAUUGGUUGAUUUGUCUUCUGUGCAUGGUGGAGUUUACACAUCUACUGUUGUAUGUUUUCCCCAAUGUUGUGGGUCACACAUUAUGAUAAAGAGCCUACCACCAGGUAGAUUACAUUCUUAGGUAUACUAUAUUAACUUUUACAAUAGCUUUUUUCAAAACAUAAAACCGACACAAUCUUCUCCCCUGGAUGUAGGCAACAUCUGACCCUCAAAGGAGAGACAGGACUUGCUCUAAGACAAGGUUUCAUAUGAGUCCAGAAGCCUUUUCCUUAUAUAACAUUUCAGGAUACCUUCAACCAUGGCACUUUGGUUUAUAACUUUAGUUUUGACAGAGAUGAUCCAACCUCUCUCAUCUACACACACAGAUGGUGGUCAUCUGGUUACACAAGGAAACAUGUGCACAGAUUCCAGCAGGAAAUGUGAUGAGAUCCUGGACUCUUGAACACUGACACAGCGGUGCUCCACACGGACCUCUACUCUGUAACCUGCUCGACAUGAACAUGGUAGUUCUGACCUGUGUUGGAACGAAAUAUCGGGAAGAUUUUUGUGAUCAAAUUCAGUGGGCCUUCACGUAGUGCUCAAGAAAUUCCCAAACGCUUGUCUGCAGAUGUAUAGGUAAAGUAUGUUGCUUAUAAAUUGUACCGUGUAUGUGGAAAGUAAAAAUAGAAGUGACCUUAGAAGAGUAACUCUGCUAGAAAGCACUUGUCUGUGUUGAGAGGAGUUAGCUGAUGAUGCAGUCAGAGGAAUGAUAUGCUGGAAAACAAUGUCAUGUAACAUAUCCCAACAACAUGUCAUCCAGUCAUGCAGUGCCAUACAUCUGAACAUGAUGAAUGGACAUGUUAUGGACAUGGAGGAAAUGCAAUGAUGUCUACACAGUGGCUUUAAGUGGAACCCCAAUAAUUAAUAAGAAAAUCACUCAUUUCAUUUGUUUUUCUUAACUAUACAAGUACUUAUUGGAGUUCAUUACUAUUUAAUGACACAUUUAAUGUUAAAACACUUUUUUUACAAAUUCAAUAAUUCCAUUCGCCAAUCAUGUUUUAAUGCCAUUUCCUUGUGUGUAUUUUAAACCACUGAUACAACAGAUUAAUGACGCGACUGGGUGGUACUGGUGACUACACUACAUGUGCUGGUAAUUUAUUUGUAUUAUUUUUCAGUGUGUCGCACAGAAAGGCCCAAACAUUUUCUAAACGUCUUUAUUCAAAUGUUACAACUCUUAAGUUUGGGCCAUGCCUCGACGUUAAACUUCCUCCAGAUUGGAAGACUUUGAUCACACACACAAUCACACACACACACCUCUCUUUUUGAUGUGUAUGUUAUUGAUGCUAUGUUUGCCCUCACACACUUCAAGGUUCAAGUAACCUGCCUUUGUAUAAAGCUGUUCUUAUUGAGACAAUAUGGCAAAGACAUUUUAAAAAUACUUUUACGCUGAAACCAUUAAAAGCACUACGCAAAUAAUGAAACACGGAUUUAAGAGAACACUUCUAUUUUUUCUUGUGUUAUGUUUUUUUUAGAAAGGGAAUGCAUUCAAAAGAGGCAGAUCAUAUUUUUUUAGAUGCAUGGAUAUUCAAUGACAAGUUGACAGGUAACAUUUUUACACUUAAUUACGUUUUACAUUUUUCACGAAAAAUACUUUAUUUUAUUGCUCUGCAGGAAUGUUUUCAGGAGCAGAACAUAGAUAUUUUUUGAUAAAUUGGAAUCUGAUGUGUUAAGAAAUGACAGGUGGUGACCAAUAUUUGAUACUAGAUGUAGCAUUUGUGGAUUAAGAAGAAAAAUAAUAUAAACACGUACAUUAUUUAAUGUACUAUUUUUUAUUUCAGUUAAGCAUAUCCUACUAUCACAUAUAACCAUUGCUAUUUUGCUGGAAAAUAGACUCUGCUUGAACUAUGCAAAUUAUUUAAAAUUUAUAGACACAUAAUCUGCUUGCUUCAGAAAAAAAAAUGCAAUAAAGUGAAUGUAUACAAAUAAUGUGUUUCUCUACAUGCUUCUGGAUUUAUCAAAGUAUUUUGGAGAAUAAUAUAUGGCUGCCUGGAAUGAUGAUAUAUUUACUGCUCUGAGUUUAACCCACCUGCUGACGUUCACUGCCACAAAGACUCCUGCGGUCCAGCCGCUGGUUGUCAGGAGGCUCCCUGAUGAUACCUACAGUCUGUGUUUGAUCAAACUGUAUUUCUGAAUGAAUAAAGUGCAAACUAAA